AUGGUCAAAUCCGAAAAAUUAGAAGCAGACCCGAUUAAAUCAGAUAGAGGACAUGUUCUUGGUGUUAAUUGCGAAGAUGAAGACAAAAUUCGUCGAAGUUACAUUGACGAAAGCAUCAGAGAUAUAAAACCACCGGUGGAUAAUAAAGAUUAUCAAGUAGAGUUUGUUCCAGUGGAAGACAAUGGAAAAAUUGAAGCCAAUUGUAAAGUUAUUAAAAUCACAGUGUACAAGAGAAAACAACUCAACAGACUUUUUGACAGUAACGGUCACGUAUAUAUGAGACGUGAUGGCUGUGUACGGGAUUUUUCUGCAGCUGAAGCACCGGAUUGGAUAUUACAGAACCAUUCCUCAAGAGUUUGCAUUUUGCAAUGAUAUUCGAAUAUCAGUGGAACUGAACUUAGAGUACUCACGUAUUGACCAGUACACGUUCCCGUCAUGCACCAAUAGGAUCUCUUAAUCAAUCAGCUGUUCGACCUUAGACGUCACAUAAUUUUAGUCUGUUUAUAUAAUGGCUGUUGUUGUUACAAAUAUAUAUGUCUUCUAUUUUUGUUAUUGUAUGGAAUAUCUUG